CCCAGAUAAGAAGAUGAACAGAAGGAAGCCAUUUUGGGGGGAAAUGAUGGAAAGAAGGGAACAAUGAAUAUACAUUUACAAGGAAACACAAAACGAGGCGAUUUGUUUAGGAUGUUGCAAGAUUGACACGGUUAUUUUGUGGAGUGGUCUUUGAAAUUUUGUAACAAAGUAUUAGCAGACUUGGGAUAUUUUUACCUGGCGUACCCACUGGGGAAGUGGAAUGGUUUUAUUUUAAUGGAAACGAUGGAUGACAAAAGUUCACCUCCAGAAAAGGAAAGUGAUGUUGGUACUGAUGACAAAAGUCCAGUCGUGGAAGACCAGUCAGUAAAGUCUGAGGACAAUGAUAGAAAGAGGUCAUCCCCUGAAGAUGACAGCAGCAGCUCGGAUAUCCCGGAGAAAAGACCAAAGUUGGACCCAGAAGUUGAUGAGGAUCAAAGCACUGAGGACAAAAAGGCCGAGAACAAAAUGAGGGACCAGGAUGUGGAUAAUGAUGCUGAUGAUAAAAAGAAAUCCGAAAAGAUGUCUGUUGAUGAGCAAGAGAAAUUGGAGGAGACAGCUGUUGAAGACGAAGAGAAAUUAGAGAAGACAGCUGUUGAAGACAAAGAGAAAUUGGAGAAGACAGCUGUUGAAGACAAAGAGAAAUUGGAAAAGAUGGCUGUUGAUGAAGAGAAAUCAGAGAAGACAAGUGUUGAUGAGAAAGAGAAAUCGGAGAAGACAAGCGUUGAUGAGAAAGAGAAAUCAGAGAAGACAGCUGUUGAUGAGAAAGAGCAAUUGGAAAAGACAGCUGUUGAAGACAAAGAUACACCAGAGAAUACAGUUGAUGAUGAUAAAGACAAAAAUAACACUAGUGCUAAAACUGAAUCAAAUGAAGAAAAGUCGCUUCCUUCAGAUUCUGAUAAGAUGGAUGUUCCUUACUUAAAUGGUGGUGGUGACGACAUGUCUUCUAGCAAGUCGGGAUCAGACAGUGAAAAAGAGAAUCGGAAUCGUGGGACCGACGGCACAAAUGUGAAUCGAAAAGCCAAGUCUGAUGUUAUUACUCUCUCGGAUGAGUCUGAUGAGGAUUCGGGGAAAGUAGUCGAAGACUUUGUUGACGAGAUCACCCCUGAGGAGAUUAAACUUAGGCGAAAGAUUGUAAAAAGACUGCAGGGCGAGUUGCGCAAUGAAGAGGCUAAGCUCGUCCUCCUGAAGAAGCUGCGACAGAGUCAGCUGUCUCACCAGAUGCAGGAUAGUACGACCGAGAGGCCAAAGACCAACAACAUCCAGCAUCCUGGUGCACCUCCUCCACUGGUUCGUGGCCAGCAAGGAAGCACAUCGAUGAAGCUUCCACAGUCAAACCACAAUGGACACCACUCGCAGGCAUUGCCCCAUCAGAGCCGCAACUCGCAGAUACAGGCUCGACAGUCGAGUCAUGGUCCACCGCCUCUCGUGAACAUGACUCCGAGGAUGAGCAACCACCAGUCGAUGUCCCAGCACCAUGGAAUAAACCGCAACCUGAUGCCCAAUCACCAGGGUCACAGAGGGAACAUGUCACACAUAAUGCCAGGGUACCGGCAGAACCACGUGCAGCCUUCUCCACAGCACAUGGCCCAGAGGCAGGAAGAGCAGCAGACGCCAGCCCAGAGACAGGCGGCUGCCAAACUGGCACUGAGGAAACAGCUGGAGAAGACACUCCUACAGAUUCCACCACCCAAACCGCCACCACCGGAGAUGAACUUCAUCCCGAGCUUGGCAAGUCCCGACUUCAUCAUCCUGUUGGGGCUGGAGGAGGUUGUUAACUUCAUCAUCGAUUCGCAGCUGAUUGCUAAGGGCCAGAAGAACCCCGAUGAAAAGUUUGUCUGCAAUCCGUUCUCGUGCGUCCAGUGCGGGGCGGAUUUCACGCCCGUGUGGAAGCGUGAGAAGCCUGGUUCGCGGAACGUGAUCUGUGAGCACUGUGUGACGACGAAUCAAAAGAAGGCAUUGAAGCAGGAGCACACAAACCGUCUGAAAAGUGCAUUCGUCAAGGCUCUCCAACAGGAGCAGGAGAUCGAGAGGAUGCAGGCUCAGAGUCUAAGCCAGACAUCGUCAACACCACAGUCGCAUCCCAUCGCUGCAACCACGGCAGCUGUGGUCCCUUCAGCUGCCAGCCCGAUGGGGGGCAUUUCCAGUUCGUCGGUGAUGAACCUGACUUCGUACAAACCUAGUCCUGAACAGCUGCGACAGCACCAGAACUUCAUUCAGGCCCAUCAGGCUCAGCUACGGGCAAGCUCCACUCUCGGACUUCCAUUUGUUCAACGUGGACCUUUCCCAUAUCAGCUUCCUUUUACAAAACCUUCUGACAUUCAGAGGCAAUAUUUUCUUGACCUUUUACCACGUGGCGGAAAUAUGUCGUGGAAAUCAUAAUUGUUAUGUGACCAUUGUUACUGAAGCUUUCAGAGGAUAGAUUACUUUUGUACGUGCUUUAAAUAACACGGUAAUGGGUAUCUGAGGUACACAUUUUGUCUUAAAAACCAAUUGCAACAAUAUCCAUUAAAAAAGCUUUAAGAAGAGGGUAAUCAUAGCAAAACCUGGCUGUGGGUGGGUUAUACAAGGCAGGGACAUAAAAAUUAAAAUGGCUUUACUUCAGAGUUGUGUUGGUAAAUUAAGAUACAGGUUUUUAAAAAUCUGUAAUGGACUCGUGAGUCAUUUUGUACAUAGUUGAUGCUGUUGCCUAAUUGAUCACAUGUUUAGGAUUGGUGGGUUAGGCUGCCAUUUAUUUUGUAUACCCAACACUCGCAAAAUCACAUUUCAUUUAAAUUGGGUUUGCAUAGGAAAAAAAAUUCUACAGACAUUCCCAGCAUAAAAUAAUAUGGUGUAGUCGCUCUUCUCCAUGUGAUCAAUUUAGGAACAGCUCUUGGGGUGGGGGUGUGAGGGGAGGGAUGAAGUUGACGUUUACACUGAUGGGUUUCACAGUACAUUUAAGUGGUAUUGUUGGGGGUUUUGAGUACAGAAGGGUGGGGGUGAUUGAGAUUUUUAUGUUUAAAGUAUACUGCUGGACUAACGUAGUCAUCACUUGUAUAUAGUUUUGUGACAUAUUGAACUUAACUCGGUGUUUAAAAUCAUGUACUUGCAGAUGUUAAUGGAGUGUUAUGGGUACUCUAGUGUCUUGUGUACGUUCUGACAUAUUCCAUGCCAUUUCUUUUUCUACUUUCAACAAUCACUGUUAAAAAUUAAUUAAAAAAUAACUAACAUGCUAAUUUUUGAGUGUUUUACAUAAACCAUUACCCAUAAUCCACUUGAUUCUUAAUUUCUAAAUACAUGUAACAGCUAACCCACGUGUUUGGUGUGGGAAAUUUUGAGUGUUUUACAUAAAACAUUACCCAUUUUCCACUUGAUUCUCAAUUUCUCAAUCAACAGCUAACCCACGUGUUUGUAAUGUCGGAAAUUAUUACUGUGUUUAGUACCUCACUGCUGGCAGUACUGGGUUUAUUUUAAAACCUGAUUGUUAAUGCUGUAUUUAUUGAUUUCUGGAAAAUCUACAAAUGGAAGAGGACUAAUGACAACAUGCUGGUCGAUUUCGGGGAUUUGUAACGUGUUGAUCUAGAGUCCUUGUUUGGAGAAAAAGGCUCAUCUUGUGUGAGGGUUUUUGUGUUGAGUUGGGGUGGCAGUUUAAAGAUCCUGGGAUGCAAGUACUGAAAUGAUGCUAAGACUAGUUUUGGAAUUGUGAAUGUAUAAGAUUUAUUCAGGAGACUGUGUAGUCGUGCUUGUAUGGGUAAUAAUCACGUUGAGCUGAGAGAUCUCUACUCUGAGGAAAAACUAAAGGAGGACAUGAGGCCUUAGGUGAUUAAAACCCCUCACGUAAAUCUAUUAUUUUUUGUUUUGCUAUCCCGACUUUGUUGCCAAUGUAACAAGUUUCUGACUAAUAGAUAUGGGGGGGGGGGGGGGGGGGGGGGGG